GAAGUGGCCGGCGGUUCGUCUUGAAGAGUCUUAAGGGGCAGCAGCUGCGGCGGCGGCGGCCUGUCGGGCCUCCCGCGGGGCUACGCCAUGGGAGACGAGAUGGACGCCUUGAUCCCCGAACGGGAGAUGAAGGAUUUUCAGUUUCGAGCCCUGAAGAAAGUGAGACUCUUUGACUCUCCUGAGGAGCUGCCCAAGGAGCGCUGUAGCCUGUUGGCUGUGUCCAACAAGUAUGGUUUUAUCUUCGCUGGUGGGGCUAGUGGACUGCAGGUGUUUCACACCAAAAAUCUUCUCGUUCAGAAUAAACCUGGAGAUGAUCCCAAUAAGAUAAUUGAGAAAGUCCCAGGCUUGCUAGUUCCUAUGAAGUUCCCCGUCCAUCACCUGGCAUUGAGCUGUGACAACCUUACCCUCUCCGUGUGCAUGAUGUCCAGUGAAUUCGGCUCCAUUAUUGCUUUUUUUGAUGUGCGCACAUUCUCAAAUGAGACCAAACUGCAGAAACGACCAUUUGCCUAUCACAAGCUUCAGAAAGACGCAAGUGGCAUGGUGAUGGACCUGAAGUGGAACCCCACUGUCCCCUCCAUGGCAGCUGUGUGUCUGGCCGAUGGCAGCAUUGCUGUCCUGCAGGUCACAGACACGGUGAAAGUUUGUGCAACGCUCCCUUCCACAGUGGGCGUGACCUCUGUCUGUUGGAGCCCCAAAGGAAAGCAGCUGGCAGUGGGCAAACUGAAUGGAACUGUGGGCCAGUACCUUCCUACUUUACAAGAAAAAAAAGUCAUUCCUCGUUCUCCCUUUUAUGAUGCCAAUCACCCUGUCAAAGUUCUGGACGUGCUAUGGAUCGGCACCUAUGUCUUCAUCAUCGUGUAUGCGGCUGCCAAUGGGCCCCAGGAAACAGUUCUUAACGUGGUGAUGGCGCUCCUCCCGAAAAAAGAAGACAAGCACCCAGAGAUAUUUAUGAAUUUCACGGAGCCCUGCUAUGGCAGUUGCACAGAGAGACAGCAUCAUUACUACCUCAGUUACAUGGAAGAGUGGGAUUUAGUGCUGGCAGCAUCUGCGGCUUCAACUGAAGUUGGCAUCCUUGCUCGACAAAGUGAUCAGAUUAAUUGGGAAUCCUGGGUCUUGGAGGAUUCUAGUCGAGCAGAGCUGCCCGUGACUGAGAAGAAUGAUGACUCCUUGCCCAUGGGCGUUGCCAUUGAUUACACGAACCAGGUGGAAAUCAGCAUUAAUGAUGAGAAGACUCUACCUCCUGCUCCUGUUCUCAUGUUACUGUCCACAGAUGGUGUGCUCUGUCCGUUUUAUAUGAUCAACCAAAAUCCUGGGGUUCGCUCCCUCCUCAGAAUCCCAGAACAGCUCUCUCUGGAGGGAGAGCGACAGACCAAGUCAUCAGGAAGCACUCCCAGUACCCCAACCUCCACACAAGCCCCGCAGAGACUUGAUGCAACCCCCACAUUAGCUUCUGCCUCUGCCCCAACCUUGAUGCCUGCUGUGCCCGACGCCACGUUCUCCUUGUCCUCUGGCGGGUUCUCCUUGGCUACUUCUGGUUCUGGGGACCCCCCUGCAUCCUCCACCACCACCAGCAGCUCCAAAGUGCCCCUGGGUUCUGAUGUACCCACCUCCCCUUUUGCUUUUCCUCAAGCCUCCGUGGCCACCACCCCGGCAGCCUCUCCCAUGACCCCAGCAGCUCCCCCCUUCUUUGGCUCAGCGGGUUUCAAGCCGACUCUGCAGAGCACACCCAUGGCCAGUAUGGGGAUGAAGCUUACCUUCCCACCCUCAGCGUCGACCACCAAUGCCAACCUCAGUGAGAAGCUUCCCUCCUCAGCCUCCUCAGCUCCUGCUAGCAAUGUGCAGGGUGGAAACUCCAUGGUGCUUUUCUCUUCUCCUACCAAGCUCACAUCUGGCUACAGCCAGCUUCCCACCUUUUCCAGUUCCGUCUCAUCCAAGUCCUCAGAUUCUCCCCCAGUAUCAGGGCGAUCCACUCACAGUAGUUCAAAUCCAGUGCCCUCCCUGAAGUCACCCAGGACAGGCCCUAUGGUGACCAAGUCCAGCUCGUCCCAGGCAAAGUCACUCCAGCCUCCCAUUUCAGAGAAGCAGGGGCAUGCAUGGAAAGACGCCGAGCCGGUGUUGGCUGCAAUCGGGGAGGAGAUCGCACACUUCCAGAAGGAGCUGGAAGAACUGAAAGCCCAGACUUCCCAGACUUCUUUCCAAUUGGGCACUGACGAGGAGAGGAAGAAAAUGCACACCAAAUCCAAUGACCUGAGCACCUUUCUUCUGGAGAUCAAGGGCACCACAGAGUUUCUCCAUGAUGGUAUCAGCAACCUGAAAACAACUCUGCUGGAGCAAUUUGCUAGUGUUGAAGAAGCCAGAGAGCAAAAUGAGAGGAACUGUGACUCCGGGUAUCUCCAAUUGCUUUAUAAGAAGCCUCUGGAUCCAAAAAGUGAGGCCAAGCUCCAGGAAAUCCGGCGCCUUCAUCAAUAUGUCAAAUUUGCUGUCCAGGAUGUUAAUGAUGUUCUAGACUUAGAGUGGGAUCGGCAUCUGGAGCAAACAAAAAAACAGAAGCGCCUGCUUGUGCCAGAACGGGAGACUCUGUUUAACACCCUCGCCAACAACCGGGAAAUCAUCAACCAGCAGAGGAAGAGGCUAAACCACUUGGUAGACAGCCUCCAGCAGCUCCGCCUCUACAACCAGACCUCUGAGUGGAACCUUCCCUCCGAGGCGCCUUCCCAGAGCUCUCCCAACAGUUUUGACAGUGACCUUGAAAGCCUACGGAAUGCUCUGUUGAAAACUACAAUAGAAUCUCAUUCCAAACCUUUGCCCAAAGUACCAGCUAAACUGUCCCCAGUAAAACAGGCUCAACUGAGAAACUUCUUAGCCAAGAGGAAGACCCCGCCGGUGAGAUCCACAGCCCCAGCCAGUCUAUCUCGGUCAGCCUUCUUGUCCCAGAGAUACUACGAGGACCAGGAUGGGAUCAGUUCCAGCUCAUCCAUUUCCCAGUCUCUGGAGAGCGAAGAUCUGCGGCUGUCCUGCAGGGAUGACACGGUCAUGACCCAGCCCUCCCAUCACUCACCUAUGAACCACACAACUUCUCUCCAGGGCGGCAUGGUGGUCCACAGUUCCACUGCCCCCAAAUCAUACAUGGCUCAAAAUCAGCCUGAAACAAGGAAUACGUACGGCAUGAUGCCUCUGUCUAUGCCUACUAACAAAGUCCCUCCUCACGGGACUGACAGUGGUGCGAAGACGCUGAAGCACAGUGCCCUUGGCCUGGCUCACCCCAGCUCAGCCACUGAGGCUGCCAGGAAUGCAGCGAUCGAACGGCAAAUGGCCAGUCAGUCACAAGCUGUACACACGUCGAGGGAAUCAACUCUGAAGAAUGUUCCUCAGGUUCUGAAUGCACAGGAGUUGAACAAUUCCCCCACUCCCUCUGUGGCCUUGGGUUCCUUGGUGCCACAGUCUACAGCCAAAACACCUCACACGGGGAUGCCUCCUGUCACCGAUAACCAAGCUAAACAGGGCUCUCUCAUCAGUGUAAAGCCACUUGCACCCACAACUGCUCCUAGUCCGUUGUCGUCGGGUGAUAAAACUACAGGGUCAGAGGCAACCAAGAUUGAAGCAGCUGUGACUUCUUCCUCUGCUGUUGGGCAGUUCAACAAGUCUUUCUCGUUUUCCACCUCAGGGACUGGCUUUAAUCUCGGAAAAAUCACACCAGCGCCAUCUGCUAACCUCACUACCACCCAAGGUACAGUAAAAGAUUUCGUCGCCCCGGAGGCCCUUGUGGUUGACGGGGGAGGCAGGCCCUUCUACGAGAGUGCCCCGGACAACCCAGUUCCCUCAGGGCUCCAACCACUCACUGCGGAUGCCACCGUAACCUCUCUCAGUGAGGCAGCACCGUUGCCGAGCAAGCCUGUGAUAAUUCCUUUCUCUUCAACCUCAUGCAAGCUGGAAACUCCACUGGUCAAGGUGGGAGAGCUAUUUCCAGGUCCUCUGAGUGGGGAGACCCUGGGGAGCUUUUCAGGACUGCGAGUUGGCCACACAGAGGACACUACCACCAAGUCGGCCAGCAAAACGCCCCCACCAAGCCUAUCGGGUGCACAGCCUAUCAAGACCGCCUCUGGCCCCUCAGGGUUUAGUUUUACUGGUCCCUCAGUGUUGGACAAGCCCACGGAGCCCUCUGUGACCUCUGUGCCUGCUGUGCCAGUAGCGCCAGCCACAGCCACCAGCACCAGCAGCUCCUCAACCGGGGUUUUUGGCAGUCUGCCCCCCGCCAGCACAGGACCCUCAGGCGUGGUCAGCUUUGGAGGGCCCACCCCAACUGGGAUCAAGACUGGUUUUACAUUUGGAAACCAGCAGGCCAGUAAUACAGAGCCUGCUGCUGCACCGCUGCCAGUCACCACUGCCUCAGACCUUCCCACCUCCUUCCCCAGCUUGACCUUUGGGGACCUCCUGAGUUCAGCAGCUGCUCCCAGCCUGCCCACUGCCUCUAGUAAAACCACAGAGGAGGCCCCAACGCCAGAUCUGCCUGAGAAACCAAGCAGCAAUGAAGUCUCAGCACCAGCCACCUCGCUCCCAGAGCAGCUGCCGGCCCUCGUGCAGACACCCGAGAAAAAAGAAGCUGCUCUCAGCCCUCCAGUAGACAACAGCCUCCAGGCACCCAGCCCUGCUCUCGUGGCUCCUGUGGCAGAAACCCCAGCCACUGCUCCUGGGGUUCCUCAGGUCAAGACUGAGCCACCAGCUGCACCUCUUGCAGGACUCGAACCGGCUGCUGCCACAACUACCACAGUCCCAAGUACUGUCCCAGCGCCUGCAGACACAUCCAGCGCGCUCACCCCCACCUCCACUGCGGUCUCCACUGCUGCACCAACCCCCGUGACAGAGACAACAGUGUUCGGGGCAGCCACUUCUGGCACCUCUGUCUUUUCCCAGCCACCACCUGCCAGCUCCAGUUCCGCGUUCAGUCAGCUCACCCCCAAUACUGCCACAGCCCCGUCAGUGGCCCCCGUAUUUGGGCAGGGGGCCGAUAGCACGGCACCGAGCCUGUUCGGGCCACAAACCAGUAGCAUAGCCAGCACGGCAGCCAGCACGGCCCCAGUUAGCAGCUCCGGCUUUGGCAGCCCAGCCUUCGGCACGGUAGCCACCGGGGUAUUUGGACAGGGUUUCGGACAGGCCCCAGCCUUUGGGCAGGCUACUAGCAGCCCGGCUAGUGGCUUUUCCUUCUCGCAGCCAGGGUUCAGUUCCGUGCCAGCGUUUGGGCAGGCAGCUGCCUCUACCCCGUCAUCAACCAGCGGGAGUGUCUUUGGGGCUGCCUCAAGCUCCAGCAGCUCCACCUCCUUUUCCUUCGGACAGUCCUCUGCCAGCUCUGGGGGGGGCCUGUUUGGCCAGAGCAGCACCCCAGCUUUUGGCCAAAGCCCCAGCUUUGGGCAGGGGGGCUCUGUGUUCGGCAGUGCAUCAGCCACCACCACCACAGCGUCCCCAUCAGGGUUCAGCUUCUGCCAGGCUUCAGGCUUUGGAUCUAGUAAUACUGGUUCUCUCUUUGGUCAAGCAGCCAGCCCUGGUGGAACAGUUUUUGGUCAGCCGGCCUCAUCAUCCAGCAGUGGUGUGUUUGGCUCAGGGAGUGCCGGGCGAGGCGGAGGCUUCUUCAGUGGCCUUGGAGGGAAACCCAGCCAGGAUGCAGCCAACAAAAACCCAUUCAGCUCAGCCAGCGGGGGCUUUGGAGCUGCUGCUGCCACCCCAAACACCUCCAGCUUGUUCGGGAACAGCGGUGCCAAGACGUUCGGCAGCUUCACCAGCUCCUCGUUCGGAGAACAGAAGCCCACGGGCACAUUCAGCUCUGGGGGUGGCAGCGUGGCAUCCCAGGGCUUCGGCUUCUCCACGCCCAGUAAGACAGGUGGCUUCGGUGCUGCUCCAGUGUUUGGCAGCCCUCCGACUUUCGGGGGAUCCCCUGGGUUUGGAGGGGUGCCAGCAUUCGGUUCAGCCCCAGCCUUUACAAGCCCUCUGGGCUCGACGGGAGGCAAAGUGUUCGGAGAGGGCACAGCGGCUGCCAGCGCAGGAGGAUUCGGGUUUGGCAGCAGCAGCAACACCACAUCCUUUGGCACCCUCGCCAACCAGAACGCCCCAACCUUCGGCUCCCUGUCCCAGCAGACUUCUGGCUUCGGGACCCAGAGCGGGGCCUUCUCUGGCUUUGGAACUGGUGGAGGAGGCUUCAGCUUCGGAUCGUCCAACUCGUCCGUCCAGGGCUUUGGCGGCUGGAGAAGUUGA